GACCCAAACCAGUGGACUAAAAUUACAUUUAACUCUAUUUCAUAUUGAUAUAUCGUUAGAGAAAAGGCGUUAAAGAAAAGCAAAAUACGGGCCAAAAUUCCUGUAUGUGGUAAGCCAAGCCACAAGCAGCUACCUCAGAUAGAGUCACUCAACCAAUGGCUACGGCGGCCUUCUCACCCGCCACCGCAUCCCUCCGCCUCAAACCCUUCUCCUCCACCGUCCGCCUCCUCUCCUUCUACAACCACCACCACCGCCACCACUUAAACCCUAACAAACUCAAACACCAAAUCAUCCUCACUCCUCAUCACCCACCCAAACUCUUCCACUUCAACCACUCAAACCGUUACAUAACUAAUCGUCAACGCUUUUCCACCGUCGUAUCCGCCACCGUAUCUUCCGGCGAGACCGUAGAGAAGUUGAAAACUGAAUCUACUGAGGGACUGGUUGGGGAAUUUCGUAAGCGGCUGAGGAUUGCUGACAUUAAAGGAGGGGAGAGUGAGGGUUUGGAUAAAUUAGGGCAAACCCUAACGGUUAGGGGCUGGGUUAGAACACUUCGUGUUCAGAGCAGUGUCACGUUCAUUGAGGUGAAUGAUGGUUCAUGCGUUUCGAACAUGCAGUGUGUGAUUGACUCAGAUGCUGAAGGUUAUGAUCAGGUUGAGAGUGGGUUAAUAACAACGGGGGCAUCAGUCUGUGUACAAGGAGUUGUGGUACCUAGUCAAGGAAAGAAACAAAAAAUAGAGUUGAAAAUUAGCAAACUUGUUACGGUUGGUACAAGUGAUCCAUCAUUUCCCAUCCAGAAGAAAAAGGUCACCCGAGAAUUUUUAAGAAGCAAGGCACAUCUUCGUCCUAGAACGAACACAUUCGGUGCGGUAGCAAGGGUUAGAAAUGCUUUGGCCUAUGCUACGCACAAAUUCUUUCAAGAAAACGGGUUUGUUUGGGUCGCAAGUCCUAUUAUUACUGCUUCAGAUUGUGAAGGUGCUGGCGAGCAGUUUUGUGUAACCACACUGAUUCCAAGCUCCAAAGAAGCCAUUGAUUCUCCAGUUGAUGCCAUUCCAAGAACAAAGAAUGGUUUAAUUGAUUGGUCACAAGAUUUUUUUGAAAAACCAGCAUUCUUGACGGUUUCUGGCCAACUUAACGGUGAAACAUAUGCAACUGCUCUUUCUGAUGUGUAUACGUUUGGUCCUACAUUCAGGGCAGAAAAUUCUAACACAUCUAGACAUUUAGCUGAAUUCUGGAUGAUUGAACCUGAGCUUGCAUUUGCGGACCUGAAUGAUGACAUGGCAUGUGCCACUGCCUAUCUCCAGUAUGUCGUGAAACAUGUUCUUGAAAAUUGCAAGGAAGAUAUGGAUUUCUUCAACAAUUGGAUUGAGAAAGGGAUCAUCGAUCGUUUGAGUGAUGUUGUUGAGAAAAGCUUUGUGCGAAUGACGUACACAGAUGCAGUUGAAUUGCUUCUAAAAUCAAAGAAGAAAUUUGAAUUUCCGGUGAAAUGGGGAUGUGAUUUGCAAAGUGAGCAUGAACGUUAUAUAACUGAGGAGGCUUUUAACGGAUGUCCUGUUAUUAUAACAGACUACCCUAAGGAUAUUAAGGCAUUCUACAUGCGACUAAAUGAUGAUGGAAAAACUGUUGCAGCCAUGGAUAUGCUGGUUCCACGGGUUGGUGAGCUUAUUGGUGGAAGUCAAAGGGAAGAACGUCUCGAUUACUUGGAAACCCGCCUAGAUGAACUCAAGCUCAAUAAGGAGAGCUUUUGGUGGUACCUGGAUCUUCGGCGUUAUGGAACAGUUCCACACGCGGGGUUUGGAUUAGGUUUUGAAAGGCUUGUGCAAUUUGCAACUGGAAUCGAUAACAUUCGAGACACAAUUCCAUUCCCCCGAGCACCUGGUUCAGCUGAGUUUUGACAUUGAACAAGUCUGAACAGGUUCUUUUUUUUAAUCCGUGAACGUGUUUUUCUGGUUGUAACUUUUCCAUCUACAAGUUUAGACGUACAAAAGGGAAGAUUCUUUUUUGAUAAACUUAUUCGAUUAUUUGUCACAAUGUAUUUUCAAAUAUUUAUUACAAAAUAGUUGUACACAUGCAUGAUUACAGCUUAACCACA